AACACGCGAUCGACACGUCAUUCAAGGCAAGUGGGCGGCGUGGCGUCAAAUGAAUGAAGUGGCGGCGACGGAGCACGAGUCUUUACGGGGCACCGAGUGGAAUGAAGUGAUGCUGUGACGCGGAUUUUCUUUUGUUACAGGAAAAAUAUUCGGAUACUGAUAAAGAGAAAUCACUUAACGUCUUUAGAGUAGAAUGGCACGAGGAGAGGGCGCGGAGCAGUACGCGGCGAGUUUACUAUCAGUUAAACCUAUAAACACAGAGAUCAAGACAGUAAAGUCAAAGGACCAGAGAAAACAUCUGUCUGUGUGCAGCAAACUCUGCUAUGCCAUUGGUGGGGCUCCAUACCAGAUCACAGGCAGCACUCUGGGGUUCUUCCUCCAGAUCUACCUGCUAGAUGUGACUCAGCUGGAUCCCUUCUACGCCUCCAUCAUUCUGUUUGUGGGCCGGGCAUGGGACGCUAUCACAGACCCAGCAGUGGGUUUCCUGGUGAGCCGGAGCAGAUGGACCAGGAUUGGCCACAUGAUGCCCUGGAUCCUUUUCUCUACUCCAUUUGCAGUGCUGACUUACUGCCUAAUCUGGUAUGUGCCGCCUUUUGAGCAGGGGAAGGUCGUCUGGUUUCUGAUCUUUUAUUGCCUCUUCCAGUCAAUGCAGACGUGCUUCCAUGUGCCAUAUUCUGCCCUCACUAUGUUCAUAAGCAGUGACCAGAAGGAGAGGGAUUCUGCCACUGCCUAUCGUAUGACGGUGGAGGUGCUAGGCAUGGUGCUAGGCACAGCAAUUCAGGGACAGAUCGUGGGUGGCACCUCAGACUGUCCCACUGAGCCUGAUGUCCCCGACAGCAGAAACUCAUCCCAAGUCAACUCAACCAGCUUUUCACUGGAGAAAACAAAACAAGCUUACCUGAUUGCUUCAGGGGUCAUCUCCAUCAUCUACAUCCUCUGUGCUGCCGUCUUGUUUUUUGGUGUGAAGGAGCGAAAAGAGAACAGAAAAAACGCAUCUGAGUCGCUCACCUUCUGUCAGGGCCUGCGGCUAGUGAUGAGUCAUGGACCAUAUGUCAAACUGGUCAUCGGCUUCCUCUUCACCUCUCUGGCCUUCAUGCUGCUGGAGGGAAACUUUGCCCUUUUCAUAACCUACUCUCUUGGCCAUAGGAAUGACUUCCAGAAUAUUCUCUUGGUCAUCAUGCUGUCUGGAAGUCUAACCAUCCCAUGGUGGCAGUGGUUUUUGACCAGGUUUGGGAAGAAAGCAGCAGUUUACUGCGGCAUCUUGUGGGCAGUACCAUUCAUGAUCCUGAUUGUCUGCACUAAGAGCAACCUGGUCAUUUCAUACCUGGUCGCAGUGGCAGCAGGUGUGAGUGUGGCGGCAAGUUUCCUCUUGCCCUGGUCAAUGCUUCCUGAUGUAGUAGAUGACUUCAGGAUCAAGAAUCCAGGCGUACACGGUCAUGAAGCCCUGUUCUACUCCUUCUAUGUGUUCUUCAGCAAGUUUGCCUCUGGAAUAUCCUUGGGUAUUUCUACCCUCAGUUUGAAAUUUGCUGGCUACGUGACCGGGAGCUGCUCGCAACCCAAGGAGGUCAGUUCAACCUUGAAUGUGCUGGUCUCUCCCGUGCCCGUGUGUCUUAUUGCUGUGGGACUGUUGAUAUUGAAGACCUACCCAAUUGAUGAAAAAAGGAGGCAGAGCAACCGCAAACUACUGCAAAAAAUCCUGGACUCUGAUUCUGAUUCUGAAACUUCAGCAUUUGGGAGUCAAGUUUAGUGACGGAGGACAGGCCGACUGCCACUGCUGCUGUUUGCAUGUGUUGUCAUGGGGCAAUGACCAGCAACUGUGUGAACUAACUGAGGAGGAACCACAGACCGCCGCUGCUGCCCAAACAUCCACAUUACAGGCUCCCCACCAGUGGAUCACACAGGUUUACACCUCCCUCUAGUGACCAGCCAGCAUCAUUGUGUCUGUGUCUGUCUAUUUACUGUUGUCCUUCUUCUACAGUUGUGUCCCAAUCAAACCGCAUCUUAUUAUUUUACCAGUUAGUGUAGAGCCGAUGUCUGUUUUUCUUGCUUUCACUUCAUAGUAUGCUUCAUUAUUUUGUGUGGUUUUCUUUUGAUAUCUAUACUUUAACCUACAUGAGUAUUAUCAACCAUUGAACAAGUAAAAUCUGAUCACUCCAUCUUAAUGAGGAUAAAAUACAUUCUUGUUGGGAUUCAGCACCUACAGGUUCUAGUAUAUGUGACUAAGACUCAUGGGAGCUGUAGUCAGUUUUACUCAACAAAGAGAAAUCAAACUAUUUUUCCAAAAAUGCAUUUGUUUCCUCACAUGUUUGUGGAGUUGUCUACACUUUGUUUUACCUGUCCAGUUGUAUGCAGUUCCGGUGUGCAUUACUUUGCAGGACAGCAGUACUCACUGACUUCCGUUUUGUUACUCCUAACUGGGACACAGCUUGUGACUUUUUGUUCAUAAAGUAUUUAUUUGCCGCUUGAUGAAAUCAGACCUCUACUCACAAAGCAAGCUCGAGUGUGAUGUUUCCUUUAAGUUGGACAUGUCUGAGUGAACAUGUCAGACUUUCCAUUCAGAGUGCUCUCAUAAGCUUGUAGUAUGAGCCCUUAUUUAUAAAGGGCUUACUUAGACCACUCAUCUGAGUUGUGUGGAGCUGUGAUACAAUUUCUACCUUUAUUUGUAUCUUGUUUUCUAUAGAUCAUUCAUAAAGGCAAAUAUUUGAAGUGUACCUGAAUCUUCUGAAGGCGCUUCAUGGUAUGAUGUACUGUACGGAGGUUCUCUGAAUCACUGCCUUACACACACACACACACACACACACGCACACAGUUGCAAUACGAUUGUUUCUUUUUGCUACUGAGAAUGUUUCCUUCACACCUCUUUGUGCUUUAACAUUUUAACCAAUCUCUGUCAGGUUUAAUAGAUGUUUCAAAAUGUGCUUUUACAUUGAAGUCACUUAGCAUCUUCUCACUUUCCAAGGGAGGAAGAUGCUUUAACUAUUUAUUUAAACCGUGUAAGGGAUUAUAAUUUUUUUUAUGUGUAUAUAAUAAUUUAUUAAGUGUUCUGGGGAAAGAUAUUUGAAAAUAUCACAACCUGCUGCAAUGUGAAUAAAUGAGCUGUCUUUGCAGUAUUGUAACUGCCAGAAACAGCAACACAGUUGCAAGUUAUUCAGGAGACUUUUGUCCUCUCAUUCAAUGACAUGAUUCAACUUAAAUGACCACAGUCUCCUGGCUAACACAUUGGGUUAUAGAGAUUUGAAAAAAGAUCUCUAAAUCUUUAUGUAUUCCUGCAUCGUUUAAUGAACUUGUAUUAAACGAACUGAAGGAAGCAUGUCGCACAUCUCCUUGGUGCUCAUAGUCUGCAGUAUGUAUAAAUUGUAAAUACUUUUUAUAAGAUGGACCUUGAACUAUAUAUAUAUAUAGAUUGGUGACAAUGUGCUAUACAUUUGAAGUCUGUGAAUAAAAGUUUGUUAAAA